CGUUGGAGCGGAACGUGGAGGUGGCCCUGGGGCGGGAGGAGGGGCGGCGGCGAAGGCUGGGAGAGUCCGACGGGCGUCGCGCGGACACGGGAGCCGGUCGCUGAGGGUCCCCGCCAGGAGGAUGAAGUUAAAGGAAGUAGACCGUACGGCCAUGCAGGCCUGGAGCCCUGCCCAGAAUCAUCCCAUUUACCUAGCUACAGGAACAUCUGCUCAGCAGUUGGAUGCAACGUUUAGUACCAGUGCUUCCCUCGAGAUAUUUGAAUUAGACCUUUCUGACCCGUCCUUGGAUAUGAAGUCUUGUGCCACCUUCUCUUCUUCUCACAGGUACCACAAGUUGAUUUGGGGCCCUCAUAAGAUGGAUUCCAAAGGGAAUGUCUCUGGAGUUCUGAUUGCAGGUGGUGAAAAUGGAAAUAUUAUUCUUUACGAUCCUUCUAAAAUUAUAGCUGGAGACAAAGAAGUUGUGAUUGCCCAAAAUGACAAGCAUACCGGCCCAGUAAGAGCCUUGGAUGUGAAUAUUUUCCAGACUAAUCUGGUAGCCUCUGGUGCUAAUGAAUCUGAAAUCUACAUUUGGGAUCUCAACAACUUUGCAACACCAAUGACACCAGGAGCCAAAACACAGCCCCCAGAAGAUACCAGCUGCCUUGCGUGGAACAGACAAGUUCAGCAUAUUUUAGCAUCAGCCAGUCCCAGUGGCCGGGCCACUGUGUGGGAUCUUAGGAAAAAUGAACCUAUCAUCAAAGUCAGUGACCAUAGUAACAGGAUGCAUUGCUCUGGGUUGGCGUGGCAUCCAGAUGUUGCGACUCAGAUGGUCCUUGCCUCUGAGGAUGAUAGAUUACCGGUGGUCCAGAUGUGGGAUCUUCGCUUUGCUUCCUCUCCACUCCGUGUCUUGGAAAACCAUGCGAGGGGGAUUUUGGCAAUUGCUUGGAGCAUGGCAGAUCCGGAAUUGCUGCUGAGCUGCGGAAAAGAUGCUAAGAUUCUCUGCUCCAACCCUAACACAGGAGAGGUGUUGUAUGAACUUCCCACCAACACACAGUGGUGCUUUGACAUUCAGUGGUGUCCCAGAAACCCUGCUGUCUUAUCAGCGGCUUCCUUUGAUGGGCGGAUCAGCGUGUAUUCCAUCAUGGGUGGGAGUGCAGAUGGCUUAAGGCAGAAACAAGUCGACAAGCUUUCAUCGUCCUUUGGGAAUCUUGAUCCCUUUGGCACAGGACAGCCCCUUCCUCCAUUACAAAUUCCUCAGCAGACGGCUCAGCGUAACAUAGUGUUGCCUCUGAAGAAGCCACCCAAGUGGACCCGAAGGCCUGUUGGAGCUUCCUUUUCCUUCGGAGGCAAACUGGUUACCUUUGAGAACGGCAGAGUGCAGGCCCAGCAGGGAGCUGAGCAGCACCACCAGGUGUUCGUCAGUCAGGUCGUCACAGAAGAGGAGUUCCUCAGCCGGUCGGACCAGCUGCAGCAGGUCGUGCAGUCGCAAGGAUUUGUCGGUUACUGUCAGAAGAAAAUCGAGGCUUCUCAGACUGAGUUUGAAAAAAAUGUGUGGUCCUUUUUGAAGGUGAACUUUGAGGAUGAUUCUCGGGGAAAAUACCUUGAACUUCUAGGAUACAGAAAAGAAGACCUAGGAAAGAAGAUCACUUUGGCCUUGAGCAACGUGGACGGACCAAAUGCGGCUCUUAAAGACUCUGACCAAGUAGCACAGAGUGAUGGGGAGGAGAGCCCUGCUGCCAGAGAGCAGCUCUUGGGAGAGUGCAUUAAAGAGGGAAAACAAGAAUCUGAAUUUCUACCAUCAGCAGGAGGAACAUUUAACAUCUCCAUCAGUGGGGAUAUUGAUGGCCUAAUUACUCAGGCUUUGCUGACGGGUAACUUUGAGAGCGCUGUUGACCUUUGUUUACAUGACAACCGCAUGGCCGAUGCCAUCAUACUGGCUAUAGCAGGUGGACAAGAACUCCUGGCUCAAACGCAGAAAAAAUACUUCGCAAAAUCCCAGAGCAAAAUUACCAGGCUAAUUACUGCAGUGGUGAUGAAGAACUGGAAAGAAAUUGUUGAGUCUUGUGACCUUAAAAAUUGGAGAGAGGCUUUAGCUGCGGUAUUGACUUACGCUAAACCAGAUGAAUUUUCAACGCUUUGUGAUCUUUUGGGAACCAGACUUGAAAGUGAAGGUGACAGUCUCCUGCAGACUCAAGCAUGUCUCUGCUAUAUUUGUGCAGGGAAUGUAGAGAAACUGGUUGCAUGUUGGACUAAAGCUCAAGAUGGAAGCAAUCCUUUGUCCCUUCAGGAUCUUAUUGAGAAGGUUGUCAUUCUGCGAAAAGCUGUACAACUCACCCAAGCCAUGGACACCAAUACCGUAGGAGUUCUUUUGGCUGAGAAAAUGAGUCAGUAUGCGAAUUUGUUGGCAGCCCAGGGCAGCAUUGCUGCAGCCUUGGCUUUUCUUCCUGAAAACACCAACCAGCCGAAUAUUGUGCAGCUUCGCGACAGACUUCGUAAAGCACAAGGACAGCCUGUACCAGGACAGGAAUCACCUAAAACUCCUUAUGACAGGCAGCAGCUGCCCAAGGGCCGGCCUGGACCAGUGGCUGGCCACACACAGAUGCCCAGAGUUCCGGCUCCGCAAUAUUACCCGCAUGGAGAAAAUCCUCCACCUCCAGGUUUCAUAAUGCAUGGAAAUGCCAUCCCCAACGCUGCCACAGCUCAGCUUCCCACGUCUCCGGGUCAUAUGCACACCCAGGUACCACCGUAUCCACAGCCACAGCCUUAUCAGCCAGCCCAGCAGUAUUCCUUCGGAACAGGGGGGUCAGCAGUGUACCGGCCUCAGCAGCCUGUCGCUCCUUCUGCUUCAAAUGCUUACCCUAACACCCCUUACAUAUCUCCCGCUUCUUCCUACUCGGGGCAGUCUCCGCUGUAUGCAGCACAGCACCAGGCCUCUCCACCUGCCUCCAGCUCUGCUGCUGCUUUCCCUCCUCCCCCUUCCUCUGGAGCAUCCUUCCAGCAUGGCGGACCAGGAGCUCCGCCGUCCUCUUCAGCUUACGUGCUGCCUCCGGGAACAACAGGUACACUGCCUGCUGCCGGCGAGCUGCCUGCGUCGCAGAGAACAGGUCCUCAGAAUGGUUGGAAUGAUCCUCCAGCUUUGAACAGAGUACCUAAGAAGAAGAAGAUGCCUGAAAACUUUGUGCCUCCUGUUCCCAUCACGUCACCAAUCAUGAGCCCUUUGGGUGACCUCCAAUCCCAGAUGCUGCCACAGCAGCCUUCAGCCCCCGCACCUCUGUCAAGCCAAGCUUCAUUCCCACAGCCACACCUCGCAGGUGGCCAGACCUUCCAUGGCAUCCCGCAAGCCCUCGGUCAACCAGGCGUGCCACCUUCUUUCUCCAAGCCCAAUACUGAAGGCGCGCCAGGGGCUCCUAUUGGAAAUACCGUCCAGCAUGUGCAGUCUUUGCCAACAGAAAAAAUUACCAAGAAACCUAUUCCAGAUGAGCACCUCAUUCUAAAGACCACAUUCGAGGAUCUCAUUCAGCGCUGCCUCUCUUCGGCUACAGAUCCUCAAACCAAGAGGAAGCUAGAUGAUGCCAGCAAACGCUUGGAGUUUCUGUAUGAUAAACUUAGGGAACAGACGCUUUCACCCACAAUCAUCAAUGGUUUGCACAGCAUUGCAAGGAGCAUCGAAUCGCGCAACUACUCGGAAGGCCUGACCAUCCACACCCACAUAGUCAGCACCAGCAACUUCAGUGAGACCUCAGCUUUCAUGCCGGUUCUCAAAGUCGUCCUCACCCAGGCCAAUAAGCUGGGUGUCUAAAAGGACGUCUUUACUCCCAGCCCAUAUUGCCAUUUUUCCAAAGAAACCUAUUUUAAGAAAUGUUAAGGUAUGGACCAGUCCUCAUUAGCAUGUUUCCAUAGCAGCCGGUCAAGAGCAUUUACACUAUUUCUGCAGAUAUACUCACCUUAGAACUGCUCAAAACCCAGGUGCUUUCUUUUGUUUUAACCUUUUAUUGCCCAUGAUGAUUUUCCUAUUCUGCAAAUAGUGUAUUUCCUGGAUUACACAUAGUGUGUUUUCCUGAAGUAUUCUGAUUAAAUGUGGUUUUUAAAACCUCAGUAUACUUUUUGGAAAAGGAGCAUCUGGUUAUACAUAAAGCAGAGCCAAAACUAACUUUCGUUCACGUCCUCCCUGCUUCCUCUAUGUCAAUCAGAUUAAAGUGUGUAACCCUA